AUGGCGGCGGAGAUCAUGAACAGGGAGGCCUUUGCUGCGGUCUUGGACAGAUCGUGGGCGGGCUUCCGGCAGCAACUCUUGGACAUCUACCCAGUCUACUCCGGUGUGCCGUCACCAAAGCUGGAGUUUGCUGAGCUUUCUUACUUAGCCUCCAACCCGGCGAGCCCAGCAAGUGUGGCAAGUGUCCUCAAGGACUGCAGUGUGAUCUCCUUCCCAACCAGUUUGCAAAGUGUUGGAGGAACCCCGAUGAUCAGCGCUAAGUCCGGUAGGUCUUGCGAUGCAGAAAAUUCCGACCAGGUGAACCCAUAUCAUGGCGAUUCAGCGGCCCUCCUCGGGUCCGGCCUCAAGGAUUUGAAUCCAGCAGAGGCAGUCAAGGUCAAGAACAGGCUCCGACUGCGCUUGGGCGCCACUUCCUCCAACAAGCUUGUCUCUGGCAGGUCGCUUCUGGAUGCGGUUGUUGCCCUUGGCCUGACAACUUAUCAUGAAGACGACAUGAAUGAUUUUGUUAAUCAUCUCGCCGAUUUCGUGGGUCUACAUUUCGAACAGGAUGUAGAGCGAAGAGAGAGACGGCCGAGCCAGUCGUUGAAUUCCUUGUCCAUGUUCAGAGCGCCAGAAGACCCUUUCGUGUUGGGCAAGCCCAAGUGGAGUUGGCCGAGUGGAGAGAUUUCGCACGGACCACAUUCACUUCAUUCACAUCAUCUCCCCUCCCGCUCGAUGACCAAGGGCAUGUCUCACUUGCCGGACGGGCAGGCUACGCGCACCUUCAAUGUCGUUCCUGCUCAAGCGCUCAUGGAUGUCUUCCUUUCCCAGGAAGCUGAUAUCCACAAGCGAAUCUUCGGACCAAGGCUGAUGAAUCAAUUCCGUGCCAUGCGUGAAAUCCUUCUUGCUGGUGAUACCAACAGGCUUGUGGCAGAGCUAACAUUUGUGAGAAUUAAUGACCUGGCGGCGCCGCCCGAGCCUGUACAUCCUUUGAUGUACAUAGAGCCUUUGGUGGCAAUACUCAUUGUGCUGAAUGGCGUCAUGAUCGGCUUCCAAACUGACCCUGCCUAUGAGAAUUGGAGUGGCUGGGCAUAUGUGGACCUCGCUUUUCAAAGCUGCUUGUUGCUGGAGAUACUGUUUCGCAUGCAUCUUCUGCGUUGCCGGAAUUAUUGGUGGGGUACGGAGAGUUAUUGGAAUUGGUUUGACCUUUUCCUCUUUGGGAGUGGCCUCGCUGAUGUUCUUCUGCAGUUCACCGGCGAUCAGCAGUCAGACAUGGCAGGGACUUCGCUUUUGCGUUUCUGCCGAUUGAUUCGACUAGUUCGGAUCGUCAAGGUGAGCGGGCUGAACAUGUCGGUGUUUCGCAUCAAGUUCAUGCGAGACCUUCGGUUGAUGGUCAAGGGAUUGAUUGCUGGCGUCAGGACGCUAGCUCUCGCCUUUGUACUACUCUUCACUGUCCUUUAUGUGAUCUCUGGCUUUGCGGCUAUGACCAUUGGUAGCAGCCAGACAACUGUUGACAUAGGGCUGGAUGGAUUCUUCUACAACAUCCCAUCUUCCAUGUUCACAGCUUUCAGGUGUUUCACCGGCGAAUGCAUAGACAACGAUGGGAAACCGAUACACUCGAAACUGGCAGACGCGUUUGGCCUGCCUUUCAUUGCCGCUUAUGUUGCCAGCUACAUGCUUGUGUCGAUGGGCAUCUUUAACCUGAUCUUGGCUGUGUAUGUGGAUAUCACAAUGAAAGCGGCAAAGGAGAACGAAGCGCAGACAGCAGAGCAGUACUCGCGGGAGAAAAUGUCCACUUCCGCUGCACCUGGGCGCUUAGAUUUGAAGAACACGGCUGUGUUCACAGAGGAGCUCUUUUUGCUGAUCAUCCAAGAUCGCGGUGUGCAGAAGCUAAUGGAUGAACUGGAUCUACCACCAGACCGUGCCAACUUAUUUGAGAUCAUUGACGCAGACGGUAGUGGUACGCUACAAAUCACCGAGCUCCUGCACGGCCUCUUGAAGAUCCGAGGCGAGAUCAACAAGAGUGAUGCCGUGGCCACUUUGUUGGCAACCCGGGCCGUGCAACAUAUGAUUGGCGAGUUAAAGGAAGAUCAUAAGACCAAUCUGCUUUCACUGCGAUCCGAGCUCUUGGAUGAGUUGGCGGAUGUUCGGAAGAGUCAUGCAAAUAGCGCCCAGAACCUCUCGAAGGGAGGGCUUCAAUGGGCCCCAAAUGCUCGUAGGAAUCCUGCAGAGCAAAGGCCGCAGGACCUACCAGCAACAUUGAAGCCAAAGUUACCCUGCAAACCAUCGGUUUGCGCGGAAGAAGACCCACCCGUGCCCUGGACAGGGCCAGUUGCGGAGUGA